AUGUCUGGAUUCCAUGCUGUGGGAGUGACCUGGUAUCAAAGCCUCGAGCUGUAUUCCAAGAAACUCCACUUGCUUGAGCGAAAGUGGACUGUCUGCCUCUGGAACCAUGACCUCCGAGAACUGCUGUGGGCAGUCUUCAUCGUCUUCAAGCUGCUCAAAACCAUGCACUCCAUUUUCUAUCAUUCCAAAGAAAAACAUAUCUCUUGGACUGCUGUGUCGCAUGCUUCUGCCCAUUCCAAAGCAUCCUCAUUGAUGGCAUCUAGGAAGAGGCAAGCCAUGGAUCUCAAUGAUCUCUGUGAACAAAUCAAGGACAGUUUCUGCACGGUUGUUAUUACUGGCCCUGAUGCCACCCUUAUGAUCAAUCCAACAGAUGGUACAACUAACCAUGCUGGCCAUCAUGGUGGCUCAAAAUCACAUAUGCCCAUUGAUCAUCCUCCUACCAAAAUGGGGGAAAACUUCAAGUAUCUGCCAAGUAAUGUAGUCGAGUUCAUCAUCAGAAAGUCCAGAGUGAUCCCUCGAUGCUUGAGUAUAAAAUCUAGUUUCAUGACCAUCCUCAUUGACAAAGUCAACAUAGAUAGGUGGACCAGGUUCAACAAGGUCCUCACAUUGGAUGCUCAUGGUGACCAGUAUGAAUUGCCUGAGAGAAUUGAACAGCAGGGUGAUCAGUCUCCAUCACAUUUGAAAACUAUGGUCUUCCCUGAUAUACCUGAUGCUUCCUCGAUGUCGACUCUGCAACUCUCAAAAAGUAUCAGGGUAGUCGAGACUUGCGUCAAGAUGUGGGAAUUGAAUGUAUUCCUUUCGUUGCUCGAUGGCAAAGACAAAUCCAAGGGAGCCAGUGAGAAGACUCGGUACUCUUAUGAUGCGAAGCUUGAAGAAUGCCUGUGCUUGGUGUGUGAACUUGAGUGUCCAGAGGGUAAGAUGAUUCCGAAGUGGAAAUGGAGACAACACAAGAGCACCGAUAAGGAACGGAAGAUGCGCUUGAAAGCAGAGAAGAAAGCCCAGAAGGCUGAACAAGCCGAAAACUCUAGCACACCAGUCGCGCACCGUCUCCAGUAUAUCCACAGUUUCCCAUGGAUGUGGAUGAAGCACCCAUCAUGGACGCUGUUGAUGUGGACGAAGAAACCUUUGAUAUGGAUGGACAUGGGUAUGAUAUGGACGAAGAAGGGUGGAAAACAGAUGACGGGCAGAGAUAUCAACUCUGACGCUGGUGCUUCCCCUGGUCUUAACUUAUUUUAUCGUUCACGGACCAUCUCCCCAAUACCUCUAGUGCCUCCACUGAUCCAGCACUCAUGGCCAGCCUCUCCAACUCGCUCAGAUUCUCCUGCACCAGCUGAAGCUUCAGAAAUGCCAGCAUUCGAUGCACCUGAUCCCAGAUGCCCUGAUAUUAUACACGAACCGCCUCCAAAGCCUAAGGAUGUAUUUGACGCUAUCUCGUCACAUUGGUUUUGGAGGGUAAUCAUUCUGCUUGUGGCUCACCUUCACCUGCACUACCAUGUGCCAUAUCAGGCCUGUAAUUUGGUUCUCAAGCUUCUUUACACGAUUUUCAUCGCUGUUGGUCUUUUGACAGUGAAAGAUAACACCGCUCAAACCUUGACGACAGCCUUUGGUCACACUGGACUCACUGACACAUUUCGAAUUGAUGCCAUGUGCAUCAAGUGUUGUCGUCAUGAUCAGACACCGUUUUUCGAUAACAGCAUUGACCGAUCUGAUCCUGAUGAGCUGCGAAUUGGUGUCACUCUGGGAUUUGAUGGAUUCAAUUACCAGCGCAGUCGUAGCUCGGCAUCUCAUAGCUCAGGCAUACUAUCAACAUGUAUCGCAAACCUUCCAAACCAUUUGAAGUAUUGGCCUCGUAAUCUUCUUCUAUUUGGAAUCACACCAGGACCAAAGGAAAGUGACAGAGAUCAACUGCAAUAUUUUAUGCAAGACUACGUUACUGACCUCAUACACCUGUGUGACCAUAGUAUCAAAGUGAAAACUCCUCUGUUUCUGAACGGUAAUAUCCCUCCACUGCCUCCAGAUGAUGCCCAGCUAACAAACCAUGUGCAAGAUCUCAAAACUGAACAAGCCAUGAUGUAUGAUGAGGAGUAUUGUCGACUAGAGUCGGACAAGGCACGCGAGGAAUUCUUCAAGACAAACUCAACCCAGUGGUUUGAAUUGGCACGCCUCAAGUACUUUGAUCCUGUGAGGAUGAUGAUAAUUGAUCCCAUGCAUAACAUCCUUCUUGGGAUUGUUCGAACCCAGUGGUUUGAUUCCUGGAUCAAGACCAACACACUUCGUAAGCGCACAAAAACUCUUGGUGUCCCAAGAGAACUAGAUCAGAUUCACACGUAUUUGGACGCAUUUGAAAUGCCCCCUUGGGAGGCUCGUCUUCCAGAGCAAGUCGGCUAUCCCGCAGGAGGAUCUCUCACGUCUGAUGAAUGGAAAGGAUUGGCAUUGGUUUUCUGUCCGAUUAUCAUUCCACUGAUAUGGGAGGAAUGGUCACCCAAGAAUCAGGAACAGAACAAGAAGGACCUUCAGAACUGGGACAAGCGGGAGAAGGCGCGUCUCAAUCGGAUCGCAAAGGGCAAAGGCACAAAGAAAGAUGCUGAACCAUCAGCAAAACCAGUCGAGAGGAUGCAUCCUGACGAUGCGAAAAAAUUUUCUUCACCUCACUGCAGCUCUCAAACUGAUUCUUGGUCGUUCUGUGAAUGA